AUGGCCACCGAUGCCAACAACAAGGUUUUGCCUCUCGCCUUUGCUGUUGUGGACAAAGAGUCAGGGCCUAGUUGGGGGUGGUUUUUAGAAUGCUUGAAGAUUUCACUGGGGGAUGUGAUAGCAAAUAAGGACAUCUACAUAAUUUCUGACCGACAUAAGGACGCCACUUUAAAGUUAUUGGCCUUGAAAGCGGGGCACGUUACUCAGGAAGCUAAAUUUGAGUUGUACAUGCAAUCUAUCAAGGAAGCAGAGAUUGAGGCCCUUAGGAAGAAACUGAAAACUGAGCGGCAGGAAAGUGAACCUGACUCAUCCAUCAUGCCAUACACAUAUCUAAUGAAAGAGGAUCUAGACAUGUGGACCCAGCUACAUGAUGGUGGAUACCGUUAUGGGGUUAUGACAACUAAUGUCUCGGAGUCCUUCAAUGGAGUACUCAAAGGUGCCCAUGGCCUGCCCAUUUCUGCAAUGGUUGAAUUCACUUGGAGCAAACUUGUCGCGUAUUUCCAUGAUCGACACAAAGAAAUUACUCAUGAUCUCUCAAAGGGCAAGAUGUCUCUUCAGCACUUGGGGCAAAAAAGUCAACAGUCAAAGUCAACGAUCAAAGGCGGCGGUCAAAGGUCAACUGAUGCAGUCAAAGUCAACGGUGAUGACGUCAGUGGGAUGACAUAA